CCACCAAAACAACCUUUCACCUUACAACCACCGCCGCCACAGACCACCAUGGACUCACCCAAGCUUGAUGAUCAAGAAACCACUAGGUCCGACUCAUCCGCCACUUACGCCGCCUCGUCGACGAAGCCGCACGCGACCUCCAGGGACCCAUACUGGACGGCCAUGUGCGGAGUCCUAUCGGAAACAGCCGCCCUCAGCCUCGACGACUUCCGCUUUAUCCGGAAGCUGGGCGGCGGCGACAUCGGCACCGUGUACCUGGCGGAGCUGAAGGGGUCAAACGGGUGCCUGUUCGCGGCGAAGGUGAUGGACAAGGAGGAGCUGGUGAGUAGGAAUAAGGAGAGCAGGGCGAGGACGGAGAUGGAGAUUUUGCGGAGGCUGGACCACCCUUUCUUGCCCACUCUUUACACUACGCUGGACUGUGAUCAGUGGCUCUGCUUGGUCAUGGAGUUCUGCCCCGGCCGAGACCUCCACGUUCUUCGCCAACUCCAGCCGGAGAAACGGUUCGACGAUGCCGCCGUCCGGUUCUAUGCAUCGGAAGUGGUGGUUGCGUUGGAAUACCUGCAUAUGAUGGGGAUCAUCUACCGUGAUCUAAAGCCGGAAAAUGUGCUCGUCCGAUCCGACGGUCACAUAAUGCUCACCGAUUUCGAUCUCUCCCUCAAGUGCGACGACUCAAAGUCGAUCCCGCAGCUCGUUCACGACCAAACUUCUCCGGCGAUAGAUCGGCGAUCAGGCGACCGCCGCGCGAAAUCGAGCGCGUUCUUCAAAUCGACGUGCAUUCUGCCGUACUGUGCAGCGCCGCCGCACGCGCCGUGCUUUCGCCUGAGGCAGAAGCGGAGGAGGAGGCGGGCGGGGCAGCGUAAGGCGCCGGUGGUGGUGGCGGAGCCGAUCGACAUGCGGUCGAUGUCGUUCGUCGGGACGCACGAGUACUUGGCGCCGGAGGUGGUGACGGGGGAGGGCCACGGCAACGCCGUCGACUGGUGGACGCUAGGGAUUUUCAUCUACGAGUUGUUGUACGGAACGACGCCGUUCAGAGGGCUUGAGGAUGAUUUCACACUGUCCAAUAUUGUGGCCAGAUGCCUUGACUUCCCCAAGGAUCCAGUGGUGCCGGGCGCAGCUAAGGAUCUGAUUACGAAGCUCUUGAUCAAGGACCCCACCCAGAGGAUGGGGUCCACAAUGGGGGCCACAUCCAUCAAACAGCAUCCGUUCUUUGAUGGGGUGAAUUGGGCACUGUUGAGAUGUGCAUCUCCACCGUAUAUUCCGGAUCCUCAGCCUUUCAAUCACAAGGAAUCUGUAUCAUCUAGUGAUCUUGAUGCUUCUAUAGAAUAUUACUGAUUUGUUUUUUUU